AUGUACGGUGGUGGAAGAAAGGGAAUUUGCUCGCCCACGCAACGACAGUCUCUGGGCCCUGACAUUUCAGCGAAAACUGCUCUGGCUGGAACUUCUUCCGUGUUCGAUUUCACCGAGAGCCCUGUCGGAUUCCAGAAAUCUGUCAGGCCUCCACGAAAACGCUCGCUCCAGAACGCGCCGAUCCCGAAGUUGCGCAACUUCGAGACGGAGGACUACUUUAAGGAGGCUUCACAGGAGCAGCGACCGCGCUGGCGGCCAGAAAAACAACCUGAACGGAGGCAAUUGCUGUCUCCGACGCCUAAAAAACCAAAAUCUGGAGGCACCCAGCUGGAACUACCGGGGCUGUCCGAGGGAGAACACGCGUCGCCAAAAAAGACUUUGGUCCCCGACAAUCUGUCUGGCCUAUUUGACGAGCUCCCUCAAAGUCCGCGAAAAUCCACCUUGAGCAUCAAGACAUUAACGAAUAUAACUUCGGAAGAACCAGACCCCCAGAUCCCAAAGAUUGCACUGGAGCUUCCUUCCAUCCCGGCGAUCGAGCCGGGCAACCAUUUGGUUCCGAGACCCCCAAAAUCACAUAAUACUCGCAGAAAUUACGGGAUUACACGAAGCUACCGGGCGGAGCAGGACUCAGACAACGAGAGCGACGGGCUUGACGCAGAGCCCGUCAGCAGGACUCUGCAGCCCAGCGUUGACCUCAAGGUUUCAGGAUUGAACAGCAGGUACGACCAGGAGAUUGAAUUUAUGGCCGAAGCCGGGCGUGGAGGAUUUAGCUGUGGGCAUUGA